CACUAGAAGCAUUGGUAAGCGCAGCGUCGACAGCGUCAGCGGCAGUUUUCGUGGCUAUACCCUAAGAUCGUGUUUUUUUUCUCAGUUAUAGUUUACAAACUCUGUGCUCUCCGGUCAUAAGCUUCUCCAUACGCGAUUUACGUUCAGUCUUUCUUCAACGGUGUUCAGUCAUUUCGUGGUAAUGUAUCUAAAUUUCGUAAUUUAGCGUCCGUCGUGUCGUCGCUUUCGAGCUUUUUUAUUAUUUUCGCUUAAACAGUGAUUUUCGUAUAGUUUUUCCAUUGUUUUAAUUAUUUUUUCGCUAUAAUUUUUUUUUUCAAUUUUUUUCGAGUAUUUACGCGAAGUAUAUCUAUUGAAUUUUUUCGCUUCGUUUUUUUUUUCGUUUCCAUAUUCGCGCGUUAUUCUGCGUUCAUCUUUACAUCACCGGCGUAAUAUCGUACAUUUUAAAGGUUUGAACGAACCAUUUGGUGAUGCUUCUGGAGUACCCAUGCGCCAUGCAAAGGAAAACUCAUUAUUGGCGGAGAGAGGGAGAUUUAUAUAAUUAUGUUAUUCCUGUUGCCAUCGUAUUUUUUAUUUUUACCAGUAUCGUUUCUGCAGCGCCAACAUUUGAAAAUUCGUUACCACAAUCACAUUCCAGCGAAAUAGUGGAAUAUUUUUCCGAAAUAAAUGGAUGUUACUAUAACUUUCAACGUUACGAAGAAGGAGACCGUAUAGUAACCAACGAGCCAUGUUUGAACUGCACUUGUCACAACAGGAUGUUAAUGUGUUAUUUAAGAGUGUGUCCAUUCACAAAAGCCAUCGGACAAGACUGCACUAUUGAAAAGAAACCAGACCAAUGUUGUCCUAUCAUAACCUGCCCCGAAGUUCCUGUAAAAUUACUAACUAGCUCCACUACUUCUUCACCGGCGCCAAUUACGUCAACGACUGAAAUCGGAUUCCGAGAUAACUAUGGUUGCACUAUAAAUAAUAUUUUCUACGGAGAUGGCGCUCAGGUACCAUCAGAUGUGAACAAACCUUGCGAAUUAUGUUACUGUAUACGAAAUCGUACAGCAUGCGUAAUGCAAGAAUGCACCCUACACGUCGAAGGAUGCAGACCGAUAUUUAAACCCGGAGUAUGCUGUCCUGUCAGAUACGAAUGCGAUUACGACAGAGAAUACACGAGCACAUUUCGUCCGCAGACCACCGGCGGUUUAUUGAAAUCAACUACAUCGUCGCCUGUAGUCGAUUGUCAAUACGGAAAUAAAUAUUUCUCCGAUGGCGAGCUGAUAAAAACAGAGAAACCCUGCGAACAUUGUUAUUGCAUGAGAGGAGAUAUUGUAUGCGCUGUGCAAGACUGCGGGGAACCCCUUCGAGGCAAAGAUUGCAUACCGACGACGCCGCCACCCAAUAAAUGUUGCCCCAGUUCGUACGCUUGCGCAAAUGAAACGGCAACUAUCGAAGAUAUCACCAAAGUAUCCGACAUCGCUGGUACCACGUUUAUCCCAUCCGAUGGCGUAUUUGGUUCGUACGAUACGACAACUUUCCGUUAUAAAAACACGCCGGUGACACUUUCGCAAGAACAAGUUUACGAAAGAUUAGGCGAAAGUGAAAAAAAAACUCCCACGACGACUUCGCUUCCUGAAAAAAUACUCACUACUUUGAGUAGCUUGUUUUCGAAACACCCUUCGGAGGACAUUCAACUUGACGACGAAUCAGUGGACGCCAACGAACAUUCGUCGCCUCAGCCGAGCGCAUCGAGCGAGCCUUCCAAAGACGAUUCGGCGGUGACUGAGAAGCAAGACUCGAACGAAGAUGUAAAAACAACUCCAGCUAUUUUGGCCGAAGAUGUUACACCGGGAGCUUCGUUACCUAAAGCUUCUCAAGGUGUUAUUAUCAGCUCAACUCAGUACGAACCUACCACCUUGGCAUCGAUCAAAGAUAACGAAGAUAAUAUUACCAAAGAAGUAUUCACUAAAUCACCAUUAGACGAAAGCCACGAUAACGCCGCCGCUGCUACCGAAAUCACCACCGAGAAAAUCAAAUACGAAACGACGAAACUUAGCGAAAAAUACGAUACGACGAAAUUACCCGAAAAAGUCGAUACCGUUAGCGAGAAGUUGACCACACCUCGUGCCAGCUCGGGUGUGGUUGUGAGUGACGAAGCACAAGACGAAACGACCGAAAAAUUGGCUCCUGUCGAAGCCAUAACGACUGAAAAAAUCGGCGAAGAAAUCACCACCUCGCCAAAUUUGCCGUACUCGAAAUCUCCUAGCGAUUUGAACGACUCCAGUUCGCAAAAACAACCGGAUGAAAGUUCUUCCGAAUCGAUUAAAUUCCAAUCAACUACCAGGCAAUUCGAUAAAAAUGGCGUUUUGACCAAAGACCAAGAAACCACAAAAGCGCCCGAGGAAAGUUUACAAGCUACGACCAAAGUUCAAACCGACAACACCGAAGCACCUGCGCCUGUAGAACAACAAACCGAAACCUUCAACACAUUACCGCCUGAAAGCACCGCUUCGUUGCUGCAAAACAUCACUAAAAUUGUCAACAGCGUACAAAGUUCUCAGAAUAAUCAACCUUCCUAUCAAGUACCCGUCGCUGAAACGACCAGAGCUCCUGUUGCCAACGAUGGCGCUACUACCAUUGUCAGAGAAGAUAUUCCAGCAGCUACUGAGAAAGUGGCUGAAAUUUCGUCGUCUUCGUCGGCCACGACCACGUCCAAAGACGAAGUUGCGACUGUUGUACCUUCGGUUAUACCGGGCGAAGGUAGCUGUCUAGUUGAUGGAAUCACGUAUCCUAACACGUCCGUCAUUGAAUCAUACAAUCCGUGCCAUUCGAAAUGCAUAUGCCUUAGUAGUAUACCAACGUGUACUCUAAUUACGUGUGCGCCUCCGCCAAGUAAUCCGAACUGUAUGCCCAUACAAAUGAAGCCCGAAUCGUGCUGCCCAGUUUACAUUUGCAAUAAUGAAAAAGACCAACCCGGCCAAGUACCAUCAAGCGACAGUCAAAUAAUGCCCGAUGAACCCGAAGACGCCAACCAUUUGCACCACGACGACGAAACAACGACCAUAGUAAACAGCUACGAAAUUUCCACCAAAGCAUCCGAACCUAUCAAACCUCCUGCCUCCGAAAUAGUAACCGAAAAAAGCAAACCAGAAAACGAUAUCGCCGAUAACAAACCUCAAAACGACGCAGUCGAAAGCACCCCUCAAAACGACAUCAUCGACAGCAAACCUCAAGACGAUGUUGUUGAACAUAAACCUGAACCAGAAGUCGUUGAAAGUACUCCACACAGCGACCCUGCAGACCACCAGCCAGAACACGACGAUGGUUUCGAACACCCACCAGUAUUGGACGACAACGUCGAACAUAAACCGGAAAUCGAACCCAUUGAAUCGAAACCUACCCCUGCAAACGAGCAAGCUGAAGAUAAACCCGAACUUACGACCAUUGCAGUAAACGAUAAAAUCCAAAACGAAGUCGUCACCGAAAGUCAAAAAGUACAAGAAGAACACGUUACCGAAAACAACAUCAAAGAUAACUCCAUCCCUAAUAACGAAACACCCAAACCAGAAAUCGUUACCACCGAAAAGCAAUCUUUGAAUGAUAAAAUCGAUGAAGCUGUCACAGAAAACAUAAUCGCAGACGAUCAUACUACUGUAAAAACCUCAUCUAUCGUGGAAGAAAUCAGCACAGAAAGCGACAACGUACCUAAACCUACCACAAUCAAACAAAUAGAAGAGAAAUUCGGCAGCUCGUCCGAGUCUCCAACAACGUUAGCAGCAAUUAUCAACGAAAAUACCGAAAAACCAGCUCAACAGGAUGAUAACUCUGUCGAUCACGAUUCCCUACCUCAUCACGAUGAACAUCACGCUCCCGAAGACGAGCCCUCCUAUACAACUGCAGGUAGUCAAGAUAUCGUCACUGAAAAUCCUCCUGAUACGAAACCCGCGUCGACUUCUGAAAAAUACAACGACGCUGUCUCUCCUUCUGAAAACGACGUACCCCAUCACGACCAAGAAACGACGGAAGUUGAUAAAAUUACCACCACUGAGGGUAAUUCUGUCGUACAACCGAUUGCCGUUUCAACCGAGUCCAAAGAUGAAGUUCAAGGCUCAGUCACGGAAAUUACGCCAACCGAGGCUGGUGUUACUGCUCAGGUAGACGAAAAAAUAGACGUGAAUCCGACCACUUUACCAGAGAAAAUCGCAGAAGUGAACCCGACAACUUUGGCUGCGGAUAAAAUCGAACCUGUUCCUACUACUUUACCUCCUAAAGUAUCUGACGAGCAAAGCGACGCUGCCCACGACAACACUUACCCCAGCUCUUCAGCUGGCACCCUCGAUAACUCGGAAACUUCCGAAGAACCUGUUACCACCACCGAAUCGUCGGUAGCUGGCGAACCGCAAGUGACGACAGCUGGCACUUAUAGUUCGACUUCUGUCAACGAUGAAAUCAUCAAUACCGAAGUGCCUAAUGAAAUCACGACCAAAUUGUACGAAACUUACAGCAGCACAGAAGCUCAACCGGUAUUAACUGGAGAUAAUAAACAUCAAGAACCCGAAUCUCCGGCAACAACGAUUAGUGAUGAUCUCAGCAACGAAGUAAAUCCUUCCAUCGAUACAACAACAGCUGCCCAAAUUAUAAACGAUAAAAUUGCCACAGAAGGUGAAAGUACAAACGUUCCUGAUAUAACAUCUUCUAAACCAGCAGCCAACGAAUACACCAGCGAAUUGUAUUCUUCGCCUUCACCAACCACUAUUAAAGAUGUCGAAUCAGACGAAGUGAUCACUGAAAAAGAAUCUCAUGCUUCAGAACCACCAGCAGCAGCAGGCACAUAUAAUUUGCAGACAACCACCGCCGAAAGUGAACCAGCUGUUGCUGAAACUACAGAACCACCGAUCGUAGGCAAUGAACCUUACCAACCACCAUCAUCGUCGCCAUCGUAUGUCUCGGAAUCUACUUCUCAACAUGUCGAAGCCGAGGUUCAUACCGAAACCAAUGUGAUUGUGACUUCCGAACCACCAUCGUCGGAAAUCGUCACAACAAAUCCUCCUCCUUACGACGAAGUUAUCAAAGAUCACGAAGAAGCCGUUAAACCAAUCACGAUUUUACCGGAAAUAAACGAUUCUCCGGCUGUAACAGUUUUACCAUCUAAAACGACGUAUUCUACGUUACCGCCGAGUUUCCAAACCGAACCUAUCCCGACAGAUGCUCCGCUCGAAGAUCAUUCUCUCAACACUCCCUCCAGUCACGAUGUUCACGAACCUAUUCAACAAGGUGCCGAUGAAACAACCCCGAGUCACGAUAUUCAAGAACCUAUUCCACCAAAUGGCGCAGAUGAAACUGUAGAAAAAUUAGGCGGUCCAGUUACCGAACACUCGCCAGAACCAUUUGUACCUGAAAACCCGUCGCAGGAACCGAUCAACCCGCCAACUCCUACCAAAAAACAACCCUCGAACGAGUUAGGCCAAACUGAUCAUCAUUACACGCCGCAAUACGUUGAAACAUCCAGUGAAGUUACUCAAGCUCCAAUUCAACAUUCAACCUGGACUCGGAAACCGAUCAUAGAUGAGGAAACCUCGGAACCGAAUUAUUACCCUCCAGCGCCGAUGUACCCGACUGGUGGAGGCGAUGGAGGAUCUGAAGGUCCUAGCGAAGAAUCAGAGUACGAAGACGGUUCCGCUUUCGGUACCGGAACCUGUCGAUAUGGCGGCAAAAUCUACGUAUCGGCGCAACAAAUACCUCGCGAAGAUCCUUGCGACUUCUGCUUCUGUUUCCGCAGCGAUAUAAUUUGUCUGCAGCAGAGUUGCCCUCCGCCUAUUCAGGGCUGUCGCCAGGAAACGAUAAGCGGUUUUUGCUGCCCGCGUUACGAGUGCCCGGUCGCCUCAGCCUUGGCCUUGGCCUAUAACGCAUCUACCACCACAUCUACCACUACUACGUCAACUACCACCACUGCACAACCACAUUUCACCUUAGAAUCUUACCGUAGUCACGCUAGAAAAGUUGGAUGUAUGAUUCACGGGUACUUUUACAAAGUCGGAGAAGAUAUUGCCAUCGCGUCUGGUCCAUGUUUAGAAUGCAUAUGUGGUUCCGACGGCCGUAUGAAAUGUGAUCCGAAAUCAUGUAGUCCGGAACCUUUCGUAAGAAGUUUCAUAGGAGAAGCUAUGUCCAAGAGAUGAAUUUCGUAUUCGUAAAAGUGCGUUAGUGCCACAUUUUUAAAUUUAUAUUUGCAGAAGGCGUGUGACUAAUUUGUGCUCAACAAGUAUUUUAUGUAAUUGCCUUAAUGGCGAAAGUUUACAAGAAAACGACUUUCUUGCCUUUUUUUUCUCUUUUCUUUAUUGUGCGCGACAGUUAAGUAGCAAAUCUUGCCUAUCUUUUUUUUUGUCCAUCAUGCCAUAAUUCAUUUUUUAAACAUAAUUUUAUGUUUUAGUUUAAACGAAGCAUUUAUUUUUUAUGUGAUGUAUGUCUAAAACUUUAUCAAAUUAUGUUUUAAACAUGUUUAAUAUUUUAAAGUUUCGUAUCCGUUUCUCGGACAAAAAAAAAACCAUUCGCAAUAGGUACUUGAAAAAUAUUCCAGCGCAAUUCCUACACUAUUCUUCCAUUAUAGGUAUUAUCAAUAUGCAAAAGUAUGAAUUUCUGCAACGCAUUCAAAAUUUACUCAACUAUUUCGAAUUAAACUAGUCAUUGAAACCCGUUUUUUAUAUUAUUAAUUUUUUUAAAUAUAUAAUUAAGUUCAGCGUUUGAAGAAUGCAUUUAAAAAAAAAAUACCUUAAGUACCUUUUACGUUUUUUCUUGUGUAUUUAUGUAUUUUAGUAUUGGCAAUGAAACUCAUCUAUCUCCAUUACCAUAAGUUGUGUUGAAUCUCUUUCAUACUCUUUUUUUUUCUUUUUCUUUUAAAUAUACUUAGAGAACUUUGUCGUUAAAUUAGGCAAAUUCUGAUUGAACCACCGUUGAUGUGCGGUAUACAUGAAAUGAUUUUUUUUUUUCGCUUUGUAUGUGUAUUAUAAAAGUAUGUUUUAGUAUUUUUAUCAUUAUCUUCUGAUAUCUUGGUCGUUUGACAGAUAGAAACAUUUUGGCAUAGUUUAUUUAUUUAUUUUUUUAUAUCGUUUCUGUCUCUUGAAUACCAAGAUUUGUCGAGUUCAAUUAUGAUAAUUUUGUAUCGUAUUAAUGUCUUAAGGUUUUUCGAGUAUGUAUUUUUUAAAUACUUUUAGUUUAGAACGUUGUAGAUAAAGUGGUAUUUAUUUACAUUUUCUGUAAGAUCUUUUUUCUUCUUUUUUUUUCUUUUCUUUUUUUUUCAUCUUAUGAAAUAAGAAAUAAUUUGUGAUUUAGAAAAAUGAAUUAAGUAUAUUUUCUACGAUUGAUUUUUUUUCUUCAUCGAUUUCUCAGUUUCGUACAAAAUUAUCUGAAUAAAAAAUUUUAAUAGA